CCAGAGUGCCCUAUGCAUUUUGAAGAGCAACAAAGGAUGAAUAAUUCUCUGGAAUUGGUGUCAUUUGAGGAUGUGGCUGUGGACUUCACCUGGGAGGAGUGGCAGGACUUGAAUGAUGCUCAGAGGACUUUGUACAAGGAUGUGAUGCUGGAGACCUACAGCAGCCUGGUGUCUUUGGGGUACUGCAUUAGUGAACCUGAAGUGAUCCUCAGGUUGGAGAAAGGAGCAGAGCCACGGUUGAUAGAAGAACACCCAAACCAGAGCCUCCCAGAUUUCCAGGUAGUUAAUGACCUAAUUAAAAGCAGCCAAGAAAGUCAUGGUAGAUACUUGUGGCAAGGUGUAAUCCUCAAUGGGAACCGAUCAACUGAGGAGAGAGUUGAUUUAGGAAAAUCAUUUAAUUUGAAUUCAAAGCAUAUUUUAAAUUUGGUUAUAAGUAAUAGAAACUAUUCAGGAAUGGGCCAUGAGGAGUUUAAUGUAUGUCAGAGUACACUUCUUACAGAGACUGAUGCCAUGCAUGCUGGAGAGAAAUCUGAUAAGCAUAAUAUAAUUGGGAAGUCACAGAAACAUCAUGAGAAUCUAAGUCAGCAUUCCAGGUUUCAGACUGGGCAACAUUUUCAAUUUAGUGGAAAAGGGAAAUUCUCCAACACAGUGCCAAUGAAACGUACAUAUGAGAAUAUGCAUAUGGGUGGGACCACCUGUAAAUAUAAUGAAUAUGGAAAAGCCUGUGAUAAGUCAGCUGCCAUUGCCCAAGAGAUAACUCAGGACAUCACAUGCUACUUCAUAUCAAAGAACAUCUACAGGGAAGAAGCUUUAUCCAUGUAA